CUGGUGAAUAUGAUGUUUCAGCCAACUCACAAAUGGCGGCGCUAACAGACUUUCCUGUGGAACCAUUGGAUCUUUUGGUGCCAAGUUUAGAGGAAUUGGCAAAAGUCUUCAAAGACGGCUUGAAGAAGAAUUUUUGUGAAGUCGACGUUGACGUAGUGGAUUGUCCCAACCUGCAGAAUUCCCCAUGGAACUUGGCAGCUUCAGGAAUCUGUGGAAAUGCAAAGAUAGCAGAUAUUGGUGGACCAGCCUAUUUACUUCCACUUGCUCAGCUUGACAAGGUUUAUGACAUGAACAUCAUUGCAGAGAAAGCUGGUUGUCCGGGUGGAUUUUGUAUUGGUGCAGGAGCUGGAAACAGUCAUUAUGUUGGAGUUAAUAGUGAAAUGAUUGCAAAUAUAUGUACAAAAUCAAACAAAAGUCCAGAGGCUGUAAUUGGAAGCAGAAUAUCUAAAGUUCACAUGGAGGAUGAAUCCUGUGUGCUGCAGGACUAUAAAUGUUGUGACUUUGCACUCAUGGCCAAUGUCCUUAUUUCCGAGGGAAAACCUGGUCAGGUUCUUAGAGUCAAAGCUUCCAAGAGGACAGGAAAAGACAACUUCAUAACCUCUAUGAGAACAGCUUUAGCUGCCAAAUAUGGUGAUAAGAGUGUAGGGUUAGGUGGUGUGUUUGUCAUUGAGAAAGGAAAGGCAAAGUUUCACAUAAUGCCAGACUUCUCCAAAACUCCUCUUAAAACUGAUGGGGASGUAAACAACUGGCUGAAGUUUUACGACAUGUCCGCACCUCUUGUUUGCGUUGGUGUGUUUGAGAGUCAUGACCCGGGCCUUGAUCUCCGUAUCGAGCACUUUCAUGGAUACGGUAACCAUGGCGAGGGUGGUCACUAUCAUUAUGACGUCACCCCUGACGACGUGCAGUAUGUUGGUUAUUUCACCCCGGCAACCYGUCUCUACAGGAUGGAUAAACCCCCUUCCCAAAGAAAAUUUGGAGCUGAUUAAAAGUUGAAGAAAGAAAAGAUAAUUCAGUAAAGUAGGAUUUUUUCAAUUGUCGAGAAUGACAGACCAGUAUUUCCAGGAUUGCCCUGGCCAAAUGAAAGAUCGAUUAGCAAAUAAAUAAUCUAUUGUAACUGUUUUUGAUGCAUGCUACUCGAUGGCYGACUGCAACUGACCAAUAAAAACACUGAUUUCAACUACAAGGAAUGUUGAAGAAAACCGA